GCCGGCAGUGGUGGAAUCUGAAGCAACAGAUUCAAUCUCUAACGUGGUUGCAACGGUAAGAGCCAAUCUUGAAGAAGUGCCACCGCCGGCGGUAGUGGAAUCUGAAGCAACAGAUUCAAUCUCUAACGUGGUUGCAACGGAUUCUAAUGAGGAAACUGAAGCUCUACAACCUUUUAAAAUGUACUUCAGUCCGAGUGAGUAUACAAAGCCAUUCAAGAUUUCAGCAAAGUGCUAUAUUCAUAAGGUAGUGGGCUUAUUGGAGACUAAUCUUAGAGGAAAGGAGUUGAAAUGGUUUAAGGAACACCCACAGUUCCGACACUUCUUCCACAUGCACAGGGACGCAAAUCAUAAGUUGAUGGGUAUGUGGCUGUUAUUUCUUCGCACAGCAUGUUUAGAGAAGAAGCGCGAAGUUUGGUUUAUCGUCAACGGGGUUCUGAUCCGCUAUUCUCUCAAAGAAUUUGCUCUCAUGUCAGGAUUAUAUUGUCACCAAUAUCCGAAGUCCUAUGAAACCAAGGGCAGCAUGGAGUUUGUUAGCAGGAUAUUUGGACCUUGAGCAACAAUAAAAUAUCAAGAUGUGGAGGAAAAGUUCCUAUCAAUGAAGAGAUCUUCUGAUGAUCGUUUGAGAGUAGCUGUGUUGUACUUCUUAAGCAGCAUCAUCGUUGGAAAGACUAAGACAGGAGACAAGGCACCAACUGUGGAGAAGUUUUUCCAAAGGGCUGUGGCUGAUCUAGACUUGUGCGAAACAUUCCUGUGGGGGAGAUAUGCAUUUGAUCAAAAUCUGAAAGACAUUUUCUAUAUAAUGGAAAAAUGUGAAGGAGUUGUUGGUCCACAUAAAGUGUUUCCUAGUUUCGUUAUGCCUCUGGAGCUUCUAGCGUUUGAGUCAAUUCCAGUUCUCAAGAACACCUUUUGCGUCGAUGUGGGAUCAGCAGAUCCUAAUUGUCCUCGGAUGUGCAAGACAAAGUUUAAACCAAGUACUAUGAAAGGUUUUCCUAUGUCAGAUGUGUAUGACAAACUCGGUACAACUAAGGACAUUCAGAGUAUCUUGACUCCAUCUCCUGCUGAGGAACAACUUUUGAAAAGCAUUAUGGAUGUUGAGCGUGGAUGGAAUGAUAAAGAUGAUGUAGUUGCUGAUGGUUGGCACAAGCGUCUAGUUGAUGAGGGAAUGAGUAUAUUUUUUGAAGAGAAAUUCAAUGAAGAUGUAGGCAACCGAACAUUUGAGGAAACUGUGAUUAUGCCCACAAGAAAAGGCCGUCGGGGAAAGAAAGGCAAAGAGAAAGUGACUGAGCCUCCGAAUGAUGCAAGUAGUGAUGGAUUGGCUGAGCUUGUGUACACGUUGAAGACAACGUUGGAGAAUGGAUUUAAGGAUAUGCAUGAGAAGAUGAUGGAUCUCAGUAAGAAGUAUGAAGACCAAGAUACAAGACUCAAAACUAUGGAAGCAACAAUCCAAUCAAUCCAAGUCAGAGUUAAAAGUGGUGGUGCUAAAGAGAAAGAGACGGAUCUAAAUCCAGAUUUGGUUGACUAUAGUGAUAAAGAGGAUGAGGUUGGAGCAAACCAAGUGAUGGCAGUUCAAGAUGAGAGUGGUAAGGAUGGACCAAAUUCUGAAGAGUUAACCAAGGAGAAUGAAGGUGGUGAAAAAGUGAUGGAGAAGGAGAUGGAAAAAGAAGGGGCUGAAGAUGAUGAGAUGGAGUCGGAGAUGGAAAAAGAGGAUGAUGUGGAUGGUGGUACUAAGGGGAGUGAGGUUGGAGAGAUAGAAAAGGAGAUUGAAAAAGAGGGUGAUGUGGAUGGUGGUACUAAGGGGAGUGAGGUUGAAGAGAAAGAGAAGGAGAUUGGAAAAGAUGAUGAGCCAAGUAACAAUGAGAACAUGCUUAAAAUGACUUACAAGAGAUGUGAAAAGAGAAAAAGAAUUAGCAAAAAUGAAGUGGAUCCAAAAGAACAAGGGAAAAAGGCGGAUGACAAUGUUGAUGAACCAAGGCAAGAGGACGCUAAGAAGGUAAAGUUGAUAAAGAAGAAUGCAAAGAAGGGGUCUACCACCGUUGUGUAUCGGAGUCCUAUUGUGACGAGGACUAAGAAGAAUUAAGUACCGUUGUGUAUUGGAGUCCACCACUGUUUUUGAAAACUCUUUAAGAUGUUUUGUUUUGUCAUGAUCUUGAAUUUGGUUGUUGUUUUAUUUUGGUAUAACUCUGUCGGUUUUGAAAAACUAGGUACAAUUGUGUGAACAAAAUGGUUAUUGUUUUAUUUUUGGUAUAACUUUGUAAAACUAGGUACAACUGUGAACGAUAAAUAUGUACAACUGCAUCGUUUUGUUAAACUAGGUACAACUGUGAACGAUAAAUAUGUACAACUGCAUUAUUUUGUUAAA